GAGGUGCUACCCAUUCACACACAGAGUCUUUGCUCUUUUCUCGUAGCUAACAGAUCUUCAUUUCCUUCAAACUUUUGCUAAUAAUACAACAUGGCUGCAAUAGGAAGUGCUUUCCUCUCUGCAACUGUUCAGACCUUACUUGACAAACUUGCUUCCAAAGAGUUUCUUGAUUACAUCACAAACACCAAGCUCGAUGUCUCACUCUUGAAACAGUUAAGGCUAACACUACUCACUCUUCAACCUGUGCUAGAUGCUGCGGAGGAGAAGCAGAUUAGCACUCCUUCUGUCAAAGACUGGCUUGAUGGCUUGAAAGAUGCUGUCUAUGAUGCUGAAGAUCUGCUUAACCAAAUUAGCUAUGAUUCCCUUCGAUGCAAGAUGGAGAACACGCAACCUGCAAGCAAAACUAAUCAGGUCUGGAACUUCCUUUCUUCUCCUUUUAAAAACAUCUAUGGAGAGAUCAAUUCCCAGAUGAAAGACAUGUGUGAAACCCUCAAACUUUUUGCUGAUAAUAAAGAUAUACUUAGUUUGCAAACUAAAAGUGUCAGAGUUUCUCAUAAAACACCUUCAAAUCCUAUGUUCAAUGAAUCUGUCAUGGUUGGUAGGAAAGAUGACCUAGAGAAAGUAAUAAACAUGUUGCUAUUAGAAAGCAAUACUAAUAUGGGCAUAGUUGCAAUUGUAGGCAUGGGAGGCCUCGGAAAAACAACACUUGCACAACUUGUUUGUAAUGAUGAAAAAGUUCAAAACCACUUUGAUCUCACAGCAUGGGCUUGUGUAUCAGAGGAUUUUGAUAUCCUUAAUGUAACCAAAACUCUCCUUGAAUCUGUCACUAAAACACCAUCAGGAACCGACAAUCUUGAUUUACUUCGAGUUGAGUUAAAGAAAAAUUUAAGGGAUAGGAGAUUUUUUAUUGUGUUGGAUGACUUAUGGAAUGACAGUUGUUCUGAUUGGGAUGAACUUGUAUCUCCGUUGAUUUAUGGAAAAAAUGGAAGCAGGGUGAUCAUCACAACACGCCACAAAAAAGUGGCAGAUGCUGCACGCACAUUUCCUAUUUUUGAGUUAGAUCCUCUAUCAGAAGAAGACAUUUGGUCUUUACUCUCCAAACGUGCAUUUGGAAGUGAUACUGCAUUCAACAACUUUUCUGAAACUAAAUGCCGAAACCUAGAACCAAUUGGCAGGAAGAUUGCAAAAAAGUGUGGUGGAUUGCCAAUAGCUGCGAAAUCACUUGGAGGACUGUUGCGUUCAAAAGUAGAUACUGAAGAGUGGAUUGAAGUUCUGAACAACGACAUAUGGAACUUAAAGGAUGAUAAUAUUCUGCCUGCAUUGCGCCUGAGUUAUCAAUACCUUUCCUCUCAAUUGAAAAGAUGUUUUUCCUAUUGCUCUAUUUUUCCAAAGGACUAUCCACUUGAUAGGAAGCAAUUGGUUUUGUUGUGGAUGGCAGAAGGCUUCCUUGAUCAUUCUCAUGACAAAAAAACUAUGGAAGAAGUAGGUGAUGAGUGUUUUACUGAAUUGUUAUCCAGAUCGUUGAUUCAACAAUUGCAUGAUGAUUCUAGAGGACAUAAAUUUGUCUUGCAUGACCUUGUUAAUGAUUUAGCUACGGUCGUAUCUGAAAAAAGUUGUUACAGACUUGAAUUUGGUGCUAAGAGCUAUGAAAAUGUUCGCCACUUGUCAUAUAAUAAAGAAACAUAUGAUAUUUUUAAGAAGUUUAAGACUUUCGACAAAUUCAAACGCUUGAGAAGCUUCCUUGCCAUUGACUUUGGAUGGUUAGAAUAUAAUUUAUCAAGAAAUACGGUCAAUUAUUUGCUACCCACAUUUGGAAGGUUGCGGGUGUUAUCGUUAUCAAGAUAUAGAAACAUCACCAUGCUACCCGUUACAAUUGGCAACUUAGUGCAGUUGCGCUAUCUAGAUCUCUCUUACACGAAUAUCGCAAGCUUGCCUGACACCAUAUGCAACCUCUACUACUUGCAAACCUUGAUUUUAUCUUGCUGCUCAAAACUCACAGAAUUUCCUAAAAAUGUUGGAAAAUUAAGUAAUUUGCGUCAUCUUUAUAUUGAUAUGACAAGCAUAAUAGAGAUGCCGAAGCAAAUUGCUGAACUAGAAAACCUUCAAACUCUAACUGUUUUUGUAGUUGGCAAGAAAAAUAUUGGUUUAAGUGUUAGAGAGCUUGGGAAGUUUCCUAAGCUACGGGGAAAGUUACUCAUUAAGAACCUGCAAAAUGUCAAUGAUGUCAUGGAGGUAAGUGGUACCAACUUGAAGAGCAAAUAA